UCAUGACCGUAGCACUCUGUCAUGCAUGCAUUGUACACAUUGAGCGAUGAUCUAAUGGUUCAAACAGUCUACACUCUAGAGAAGAAGUGUUCGCUUGCUUUAAAAUACUUCUUGGCAGACGCUAUACUGAGCUCCUUUCUGUAUCUUUCUACUUUUCCUAAGAUGGAAGAGUCGUUUUUAAGUCAUUUCUCGAACACGAGUAACGAUCAUCAGCUCUUGUAUUACGAUGGAAAUAUUAACUGUCAAAGGAGAUCCACAAAAGACAAGAUCCCGUUGAUGAUAAAGAAUCAAGAACUACUAAAAGAAAACAUUCAUUCACCAGAAUUUAACCUUUUUCACAUGGCCUCUCCUGAUCUUGAAAGACUAAUUGUCGCUCAAUCAUCGACCCACAGCCGGGAUACAAGUACAAUCAACAGUUCUGAUUUGAAUGUCUUAAACCUGGUAUCGCCUGAUUUUGAAAAAAUCUUCUCAAAUUACAACGAUAAAGACUUUGGUCAAAAAGAUGAUUUAAAUAGAGCAAGAAGCGUCCAAACACAACACGAUGUCUACACGAAGACCUUUGUGGAUGCUUUACAAAAAAUCCAACAAAGAGAAGACGCCACCAAGUACAGCAUUACAACAAACAUUGAAAGAAGUCAUGAUAAAAAGAUCUUGACAUCUGAAUACCAGAAAAUCCCACAUCAAAUCGGCCAAAACACAACUAUUAGUUCCAAUGUACGUACUUCAACCUCCAUACCAAAUCAGAGUUCUCAAGAUAUGAAAAUAAAUCUACCAGUUUAUGGACGUGUCGUAAAUACUUCUUUGGAGGACAGGAAUAAGAACAAGAUCAGAAUAAUGGAUAGUUUGAGAGAUGGAAAUAGAAAUACAAUCAGACCAAACCAUAGUGGAAACUAUCCUGAUAAUCAAAGAUCAGAUAAUCUUGGAAAUGGAAACACUCUGGUUCAUUCUUCAGUUGCUAAUAGCAAUAUAGUCAACGCAGACUUUGUGAACCAAACUGUUUCCAGAAAUACUAUUAUUUCUAAUCUAAAUCCUGAAUUGAACUUGGACUCUCAUCCUGAGUUAUUUAAACUUCAUGCUCAUGUGAAAUUCUCCGAAAGUCCGAAGGAUUACGUAGAAAAACUACCUCCUGGACAUCAAGUAGAAACAAGUCCCCAGAUGUUUCCUCUUCCCCCAAUUGACCUGCAAGUCCAGGAAAUUGUGAAGCGCGAGAGAAAGAAACAAAAAAACAGAGUCGCAGCUUCAAAAUGCAGGAAGAAGAAGUUAGAGCGUGAGGCAAAUCUGGAGGUCCGAGUACAACAGUUGAGAGAGAGGAACAUUGAGUUAUCUAGUAUUGCCAGUACUUUGAAGAAUCAAUUAAAUGAUUUAAAACAACACGUGAUGGAGCAUAUGGCAUGUGGCUGUCAUGUGACAGCGUACUGAUUACCAUUUUCUAAGCAACAGUUUUUUGAAAGCCACCAUAUAUAUUUUACCUUGCAUUCCAACAUUCCAAUAUCAAUAUUCUUUCUCUUUAUCAAUGUACUAAUUUAUUGUUUGAAAGACGUAGUGUAACUUAAAAAUUUAUAACAGAAACUUAUUUAAUACUUCAG